UCAUCUUGGCAGUUUUCCCCGCUCCAGCUCCUGAGCCCAGGACUGUGUCUGCGAGUCAAGACUAAUCAAAGGCACUUGUACGGAAAAGGGGACUAUUGGCCUCUGAAGGGAUUGGGCCAGUUCAGGCCAGCCUGCUGCUCUUUCUCUCCUUCUCUCCUUUUCUUUUCCCUCUCACUCUCUCUUCCUGUCCUGUCUGUUUAAGGAGGGGGAGAGAGAGAGAGAGAACUUGGGAAAUUCCUUCAAGCUACUUUACUUCAGGUUUUUCUGUGGGAUUUAAACAUGCACACUGAGGCUUUGGUGCAGUCCAUGUUAGUGUCGGCGUUUCUGAUUCUGCUCUCUACUGUGGAGGACACCUUGUUGCAAUCGGUGAGCCAGGUGGGUGGCGCGUGCAGACUGUCCACGGAGUCGUCCCUGCGACGCUGCCGCACGCCCGAUGGCAAGGUCUGCAGUGGGAGGGGCAAAUGCGACUGCGGCGGCUGCGUCUGCGCGGCCACCGAUCCAGGGAAGUUCUACGGGCCUCGCUGCGAGUGCCACGACUGGAUCUGUGCUGCACACAGUGGGAAAACUUGCAAUGACCGCGGCUACUGUGACUGUGGGAUGUGCGAGUGUGAUGAAGGCUGGUUCGGAGACGCCUGCCAGUUCCAGGAAGAGUGCAACCUGCCCGCCAAGAAGAGCAAGGAGCUCUGCAAAAACCCCCAGGGGGUGGUUUGCUCCAACCGAGGAACCUGCCACUGCGGAAGCUGCAUGUGUAACGACGAGGACAACCGGGGUCUGGUGACCGGGCGCUACUGCGAGUGUGACGACAACGAGUGUCUGGACGAGGACACCGGAGAGGUGUGUGGAGGCCAUGGCCAGUGUUACUGUGGAAACUGUUACUGUGCCGCCGGUUGGCAUGGAGACAAAUGUGAAUACCAGUGUGAUAUCAGCCCAUGGGAAAGCAAACGGCGGUGCACAUCUCCAGAUGGCAAAAUCUGCAGCAACAGAGGGACCUGUGUGUGUGGCGAGUGUACCUGCUACGACGUGGACCCCUCCGGUGACUGGGGAGACAUUCACGGGGACACCUGCGAGUGCGACGAGAGGAACUGUCACGCGACCUACGACCGAUACACGGACGACUUCUGCUCAGGACACGGCCAGUGUAACUGCGGCAGGUGUGACUGCAAGGAGGGGCGGGCCGGGAGGAAGUGUGAGCAUCCUCUCUCCUGCGCCCUGUCUCUGGAGAGCAGUCUGAAGAAGUGUCGAGGAACGUCCAAUCUGCCCUGCUUCGGACGAGGUCAGUGCCUGUGCGGACAGUGUACUUGCCAUCCACCUGGGGACAGUCGUGUUCAUGGCAAAAACUGUGAGUGCGACGACCGUCAGUGCGAGGACAUCAGCGGAGAGGUCUGUGGAGGUCACGGCUACUGUUCGUGUGGACGCUGCAUCUGCAAGGACGGCUGGUUCGGGAAGGUGUGCCAGUUCCCCAGGUCCUGCGACGUGAGCGACGCCCAGAGCAAGGAGCUCUGUGAGACGUCGGACGGAGUCGUUUGCAGCGGAAAAGGUUCCUGUCACUGUGGCCAAUGUAUCUGCUCUCCCCAAGACUCCUGGGUGUCUGGAGAGUUCUGCGAGUGUGACGACCGAGAGUGCGACAAACACGACGGCCUCAUCUGCACAGGGAACGGGCUGUGCAACUGCGGCAACUGCGAGUGCUGGGACGGCUGGACAGGGAACGCCUGCGAAAUCUGGGUGGGAGCCGAGUACUGAGGCGGAGCGGGACACUGGGGUUUGGAGGGACGAGAGGAACUGGCUGCCCGGAGCGACCAGGAACCACACGGAACGGCCACGGAGGGAGAAGAUAAUCAUAAAAAAAAAAACGCGAUGUAAUUCUGUAUAUCACUAACAGCAUUCAUGCAUUCAUUUAUUGUACUGGUUACAAAUGAUCCUUAUUAAAACUGGACUUUUGUAGGUGAAAAGAAACAAGCAUAUCUGUUCUGUUUCAAACGUAUCCCAAUUUAAACAUUCAUGUUUCCAAAUAUAUAUAUAUAUAUGAUGUAGAAAAGGUCACAUAUUUCAGAAGACUGCACUUAAGAGUAUGCAGGUAGAUGACACAUGUUGUAAAGAGGAGUUCUUUUGUUAAGGUGACAUCUUUGGAAUGUGAGGUCUACUGUGGGUAUGUUUUUGACUGAUACAGUGAAAGUGUCGUUUCCCAAAGUUCACCCGGAAGCUGAGGUUACUGUUUUAGGUUUUUUAUUUCUUUUUUUUAAUAAUAAAACAUUAACUGUGCCGCAUGGCACAACAUUUUUGCAUGGAAAACAAUGCGAAGACCUUAAUCAUACAUGGUUACAAAUCUGUUAUAACAUGACAUAACUCCAAUGGGCAUACUUGCAAUGGUAUAUAUAUAGAUAUAGAUAUAUAUCUGAAAAAUAAAUCAUUUCAAUAGUG